AUCAGUUAUGGAUCACGUGAUUUAAACAAAAUGGCAGCUUGCAGGUCCAAAGUAUCCAGUGUUUUCCGGCCGAACUUGUUUAAAGACAAAGUUGCCAUAGUAACAGGUGGCGGCACUGGGAUUGGCAAGGCGAUCGCUUUAGAACUGUUGUACUUGGGAUGCAAGGUAAUGAUCGCAUCUCGGAAAAUGGAUCGACUGCAGAAAGCGGCUAAAGAAAUGAAAACAUUGAUCGAUUCACAAGGGAGAGGAUCGGCAUCCUUGAAACAUGUAGAAUGCAACAUUCGGAAAGAAGAGCAGGUUCAGCACUUGAUCUCACACACAAUAAGCGAGUUUGGGCAACUCGACUUCCUGGUAAACAACGGAGGGGGUCAGUUUCCGAGUCCGGCAGAAGGAAUUUCUCUCAAGGGUUGGAACGCUGUUAUAGAGACGAAUCUAACCGGAACAUUUCUGUGCUGCCGCGAAGCCUACACCCAGUGGAUGAAAGACCAUGGUGGAGUUAUUGUUAAUAUAAUUGCUGACAUGUGGCGGGGAUUUCCAUUAAUGAGUCAUACAGGAGCUGCCAGAUCAGCAGUAGACAACCUCACGAAGUCUCUGGCUAUUGAGUGGGCGGAGGAUGGAGUCCGUGUGAAUGCUGUUGCCCCUGGCAGUUCCAUUUACUCGGAGACGGCAGCUGAUAAUUACGGUGAUACAGAUAUCUUCAAGCGUGUUCUUCCUAACAUUCCGGCCAAACGUCUCGGACUCACUGAAGAGGUUUCGGGUGCCGUCUGCUUUCUCCUGUCACCCGCUGCAUCGUACAUCUCCGGUGAGACGGUCAAGGUCGAUGCAGGAGGAAGUCUGUAUCCUUCCUGGACAUGGAAUAUUGAUGAUCACAAGAAGUCGGUUCCAUACAGCUGGGAGACCGAUGACAACGGUAGCCAUACACCACCAAAAUCCAAGCUGUGAAUUAUGAAUGGAUUUCACUGGAUCAUGGUUCAAACUGGAACAAAGAACUGAAUUAUUUUUAUGAAUGAUUGGUUGACUAGUAACAUUUGAACUUAAUGCUGUGAUAUUACGGGUAAUAAAAUGUUGUCAUGCUG